GGGUUCCAGGCGCCGCACAGGUAACUCCGCCGCAGCCGCCAUAUUGACCGAGCUGGGAUCGGGGAGGGGGCCCGAGGAAGCGGGGUUGCCGGGGGAGGGGCAGUCACCGCCGAGCGGCAGUCACGGCGGCGGCGGCGGCAGUGCUGAGCACGAGUUAAGCGGCAGCUCUCAGAGAGGCAGCACAGAGUUGUUUUCUCUAUGCGGAGCAGCAGCCUGCGGUGGCGGCGACCCCUCGCUCCCAGUCUCUGAGGGACCCCGCGGCGAGGACAGCUGUCGCUGAAGGCGAGGCUGAGGAUCUCGGCGGUGGCGGCGGCGGCACUGGCAGGAAAGCUCCAAAGACGGGAUGUACGGCCGCGCGGGGGGUUGGCAGCUCCUCUUCGAGUGCUCCUGAAGGGGCAAUGCUACCCUUCGCUCCUCUAGACGAGCCCUGGGAGGCAGAAAUGGAGGUGUUCCGUGGCAGCGCAAGCAGUGGCGAGUAUGUUUUAGGUAUUAUAGCGAUUUAACAAUGGGUCUCUCUACCUCAGCAAUUUGGAAAAAUACUGGAGUGGAAAUUGUUAAUCCCUAUGAAGUAAAACGAAAGGUGAAGGUGAAUGGUCUUAAAAUGGUUGAUGAGCCAAUGGAAGAGGGAGAAGCAGAUUCUUGCCAAGAUGAAGGAGUUGUUAAAGAAAUCCCUAUUACUCAUCAUGUUAAGGAAGGAUAUGAAAAAGCAGAUCCUGCACAAUUUGAAUUGCUCAAGGUUCUUGGUCAGGGAUCCUUUGGAAAGGUUUUUCUUGUUAGAAAGAAGACCGGUCCUGAUGCUGGGCAGCUCUAUGCAAUGAAGGUGUUAAAAAAAGCUUCUCUAAAAGUUCGAGACAGAGUUCGGACAAAGAUGGAAAGGGAUAUACUGGUGGAAGUAAAUCAUCCAUUUAUUGUCAAAUUGCACUAUGCCUUUCAGACUGAAGGAAAGCUAUAUUUAAUAUUGGAUUUUCUCAGGGGAGGAGAUGUCUUCACAAGAUUAUCCAAAGAGGUUCUGUUUACAGAGGAAGACGUUAAAUUCUACCUUGCAGAACUGGCCCUUGCUUUGGAUCAUCUGCACCGAUUAGGAAUUGUAUAUAGAGAUCUGAAGCCAGAAAACAUUUUGCUUGAUGAAAUAGGACAUAUCAAGUUAACAGAUUUUGGACUCAGCAAGGAAGCAGUAGAUCAAGAAAAGAAGGCCUACUCAUUUUGUGGUACAGUGGAAUAUAUGGCUCCUGAAGUAGUGAAUAGGAGAGGUCAUUCCCAAAGUGCGGAUUGGUGGUCAUAUGGUGUUCUUAUGUUUGAAAUGCUUACUGGUACUCUGCCAUUUCAAGGUAAAGACAGAAAUGAGACCAUGAAUAUGAUAUUAAAAGCAAAACUUGGAAUGCCUCAGUUUCUUAGCGCUGAAGCCCAAAGUCUUCUAAGGAUGUUAUUCAAAAGGAAUCCAGCAAAUAGAUUGGGUUCAGAAGGAGUUGAUGAAAUCAAAAGACAUCUUUUUUUUGCAAAUAUUGACUGGAAUAAAUUAUAUAAAAGAGAAGUUCAUCCUCCUUUCAAACCUGCUUCUGGAAAACCAGAUGAUACUUUUUGUUUUGAUCCUGAAUUUACUGCAAAAACACCUAAAGAUUCUCCUGGUUUGCCAGCCAGUGCUAAUGCUCAUCAGCUCUUCAAAGGAUUCAGCUUUGUUGCAACUUCUAUUGCAGAAGAAUAUAAAAUCACUCCUAUCACAAGUACAAAUGUAUUACCAAUUGUUCAGGUAAAUGGAAAUGCUGCACAAUUUGGUGAAAUGUAUGAAUUGAAAGAGGAUAUUGGUGUUGGCUCAUAUUCUGUUUGCAAGCGAUGCAUACAUAGUGCUACCAGCAUGGAAUUUGCAGUGAAGAUCAUUGACAAAAGUAAGAGAGACCCCUCAGAAGAAAUUGAAAUUUUGAUGCACUAUGGACAACACCCCAACAUUAUCACUUUAAAGGAUGUUUAUGAUGAUGGCAGAUAUGUUUACCUUGUUACGGAUUUGAUGAAAGGAGGGGAACUACUUGACCGUAUUCUCAAACAAAAGUGUUUCUCAGAACGAGAAGCUAGUGAUGUACUGUUUAUAAUAACUAAGACAGUUGACUAUCUUCAUUGUCAAGGAGUUGUUCAUCGUGAUCUUAAACCUAGUAAUAUUUUAUACAUGGAUGAAUCAGCCAAUGCAGACUCCAUUAAGAUCUGUGAUUUUGGGUUUGCAAAACAACUUCGAGGAGAAAAUGGACUUCUCCUAACUCCAUGCUACACUGCAAACUUUGUAGCACCUGAGGUUCUUAUGCAGCAAGGCUAUGAUGCUGCUUGUGAUAUUUGGAGUCUUGGAGUCCUUUUUUAUACAAUGUUGGCUGGUUACACUCCAUUUGCUAAUGGCCCUAAUGAUACUCCUGAAGAGAUACUGCUGCGUAUAGGCAAUGGAAAGUUUUCUUUGAGUGGUGGAAACUGGGACAGUAUUUCAGAUGGAGCAAAGGAUUUGCUUUCCCAUAUGCUACAUAUGGACCCACAGCAGCGGUACACAACAGAGCAAGUAUUAAAACAUUCAUGGAUAACCCACAGAGAUCAGUUGCCAAAUGAUCAGCCAAAUAGAAAUGAUACAUCACAAGCUGUUAAGGGAGCCAUGGUUGCCACAUAUUCUGCCCUGACUCAUAAUACCUUUCAACCAGUCCUAGAGCCUGUUGCUGCUUCAAGCUUAGCUCAGCGACGGAGCAUGAAAAAGCGAACAUCAACUGGCCUGUAAGAUUUUUAGUGUUCCUCACCCAAAAUGGAUGAAGAAAAAAUUAAAAGUAUGGCUUUUUGUCCAAUCUUAUAUCAAAGGCAUUGUUUUCUACUACAUUACUUGAAUAUUCUGUUUAAGCUUACUUUUUUAGGGAGUGUGAGGUAAAAGACAUAUACACAUCCGCAAUAUUCAUAUUAUAUUGUUUUUCAGUAUUUUUGAGGUAUUUAUUUAAGUAUAUAAUGGGUGUCUGAAGAUCCUACCAGCUUUUCUGCACACUAGCUUCUAAAGUUCCUUUCAAAUAAAGUUACUUCAAUAGUUUUUUUUUCUGAUUUUGUACAAUAAUGGUUUAGGGAAUCAUUACAAUAAACAGAGGCAAAUAUAAUAGUAUAAUGCCAAGCAAUGUCAGUGUUUUUUAACAUUAGAUCUUGAAAGGAUAGGUUUCUUUUAAGAAGAACAAACAUGUAUUGUAGAAGCUUGUUAUUGUGUAUAAUCAAAGGACGCUAUUCAUUUGACUCACUGUAAUUACUAAAAUGUAAACAUACUAUUUUGGUGCCAGAGCAAAAAUCAUUUGUGCUAGUAUGUGAACUCCUGAUGUGGUUGGUGCCAAAGUUUUUACAGAAUUAAAUUGAGGAUGUUUGCAGACAGACCUGUAUAUUAUCCAUAUGUGGCCUCAUCUAGAAGUAAAGGUUUCCAUAGGCUUCUGUAAAUUUUACAUCUAAUGAAAUUAUAGUACAAGUGAAGAAAUUUUUAGCCAAAGGCUUUAUAUUGCUGUUGUAAUCUAAAUAGUUCAUGGUUAAGCCUUUGAAAAUGAAGUACAUGGUAUUGGUACUACCUUAGUGUUAGGUAAGCUGACUUUUGAGUUAACCAAUUUGAUUUAAUUAACAUCUUUCCCCUUUAUUAUGAAUGACACUUGUUCUUUUGGACUUCCAUGUGCUUUGAAUUACAGUGUAUCAUAUUAAUCUACCUGGAAUUUUAUGGUCAUAUAGUGAAAUUUUACUAUAGUGGAUUUGUGGGCUUAGCAUACAUGAUAUAGUUGUAACUCAUUUGAGUGAACUCUAGACAAUGCUACAUAAUAGUUAUACUUCAAGAAGAUUAACUGUCUUUUUAAAUAAGUAGUAUUAAUGAUCUACAAAAAAUUUGAACCCAUUUGAAAAUCAUAUUUAUUUUAAAAAGUCUGGCCAAAUUGGUCCUAUUAUUAAAUUUUAUGAUUCAGAACCACUGUGUAGUAUGCCUUGUUUUCUUUAAAUGAUGGAAUUUUAAAGAAUCUUUUUUGUAUUGAAGAGAAUACCAUUACUACUCCUACCACUACUAUUGCUUCUGCUACUGCUGCUGCUGCUUCUAUUGACAGGAAAAACUCAUGAAUGUAAACUGGAGGAUAUUACACUUUUGUUUAGUGAAUAUAAGUAAUCUACUCAUGGAUGCUCGGUAUACUGAUUGCAGUGUAUUUUAUUUUGCUUAGUUCAGAGACAGAUUAUUACCGAGCACUGAAGUAUACAUUUUAGCCUGGGAGAUUUGUGACCUCAGUAUUUAAUAAAUGAAAUUAUACCUAAUUCUCUUUAUAAUGUAAGUGAUAUAUAUUUCAUACACAAAGAUCUGUUUCUUGUGUGUGAUGUAUAGAAGUAUGUAUCCUUAUUUUGAGAUGUCUAAUGCAAUAAUUGAAAUGUAUUAAAGAACAUCUAAUAUACAUGUAAAACAAUACUUAAAAAUGUACUGGGACACUUUAUUAUGGAUUUUUACAUACCAGUUUGGCUUUUUCUUUCCUCAUUUUGCUUUAUUACUAGAAGUACUUGCAUGUGACAAUGUAUGUCCUCAUAUUCUGAUUUAUUUUCCUCUUGUCACUAUCUUCUUUGUGUUGUUAUGCCCUCUUAUCAAAAUUGAUAUUAUAAACUCAGAGAUAUGAUUUUGGUAUUCACCUUUUCAGAACAGGGAUACUUUUUCCAUAUAUGCUUUUUUAGUAAUAGAAUUAGGAUAAGUAAAAUUGGAAAAUUAAAAAUGAUCACAAAAUAACUUGCAGUCUUUCCAUAAUCAAUGGGCUUUGAAAGUAGAUUAUCUUAAUUUUUUUUUUUUUUGCUUUUUUUUGCGGCUGCACCUAUGGCAUAUUGCAAUUUCCAGGCUACGGGUCUAAUCAGAGCUAUAGCUGCCAGCCUACACCACAGCCACAGCAACAUGAGAUUCAAACUGCAUCUUUGACUUAUACUACAGCUCAAAGCAACUCCAGAACCCUGACCCACUGAGCGAGGCCAGGGAUUGAAUCCACAUCCUCAUGGAUACUGACUGGAUUCAUUUCUACUGUGCCACAAUGGGAACUCCCUAAAUGAUCUUAAUUUUUCAAUGAGUUUUCUCAGAAAUGUGAUAUCAUAUACUCCUUUUUUUAAUUGAAAAACAUUUUUUUAAUUACUCAGUGAAUUUAUUACAUUUAUAGUUGUACAAUGAUCAUCACAAUCCAAUUUUAUAGGAUUUCCAUCCCACAACCCCAGUGCAUCCCCCCACCCCCUAAAUUGUCUCCUUUGGAAACCAUAAGUUUUUCAAAGUCUGUGAUGUUCUGCAAAGCAGUUCAUUGUGUCAAGGACACGAUAUAGUCCUUUCAUGAAAGGAACAUGAUCAGCGUUAAGCAACGAACAGCCUGAUUCCAUAUCAUUUAGGGUUGUUAAUGUAUAAAAGACACAGUUAUACUAGUGGAUAUUCCCAAUAAUUAUGAGAGUAUUCCUCUGGAAAAUUCAAACAUGGCAGCUUAGCAGCAUGGUAGUUUAACCUUAUAUAAGGUUAUAUAAGGGAAAGCUUCAAAUUAUACCCUCAUUCUGUAAUAGAAACGCAGGUAGGGAUGCCUCGUCAUGUCAUUUUGGAUAGAUCUCUAGAGCAGCAAAAGCGGAUGUGAAUGGGACAUUUUUUGAUGGGGCUUCUGUAAAUGCUUAACCAGUAAAAACAAAUCCUUUCUAUGAGACUUUAAGAUAUUUUAGUUUCUAUGGAUUCAUAAACAAUUAUUUUGCAUUGCUAUUCUUUCUAUUUUAUGGUUCUUGGUAGUAUUUAAUGAUAGCAGAGUUUGGGGGUUUUAUUGUUGUUCUGAAAAAAAGAGGAUGUUUUAUUUUUUUAAAAGGGAAAACACCAGGUUUGCCCAGAUAGACCAGACAAUCUAUUGUCCUAAAGCAUAUAUUAUCAUGAAUAAACUUGGGUAACCAUUUGUAAGAAUAUUAAAAUGUAGUACUUGUGUUGGUGAUUUUGUAGAAAAAAACAAUUGUAUUGGUUCUUUCAUGAAAAUCAAAAUGUAGCCAGUUUUCUUAUAUCCAUGAAUGCCUAAACAUUGAUUUUUAUAAUUUAUUGCCACUUGUAAUUAAAUAUAGUAAAACAUUUCGAUGGCAUCUCUGGUUAGCCCAACAGGACUUCCCAUGUAUAGGCAACUCAAAUCUUAAAGAACAGAUAUUUGGUGUUUAUAAUGUCUCCUCUUUGAAACAUCAUGUUAAAAUAAUACUUCCCACAAAAACAUAUUCAUACUGAUUGAAUAUUAUUUUCCUGAUGGUGAGGCCUUUCGUAUAUGAAGGAAAAGAACCAUUUAACUUGUCCUUAAGAUCAACUAGAAAACUUAGGCUUUAAACUAGACAAAGUAUGUCUUUGACAUCCUCUUCAUUCUCUUUCUCCUGGCUUUCCAGCUCACUCAUGCUAUCCUACCUGAGUACCUCACAGAAGACUCCAUGACUAAGGCUUUCUCCAAAAGGAUUCUCUGCUUUAAAAGCUGCUCCCACCCUUCCCCUUCCCUGAAUCAGAACUUCUCUUCUCACAGAGCAGCUAUUUUCUGCUUAAAAAGUUGGAAGGAAGGCUGUCUCAUUGAAUUAAUUCACAUUUUUCUGUCAGUGCCCAGUAGAUAAUUGGCAUUUUUCAAGGGAGAUGUCCAUUAAUCAAAUGAAUUGCUAGUUGCUAGAUUUUCAGGCAAUCUAAUCAGGUGAGACUAAUUUUAAAAUCAGUUAUUAUCAAGAAAGAUAUUUUGGGGGCAAGGAACUUAUAUAGUGUGCCCUAGUAUCAGAUUAUCCAUAAAAAGUGAUUUUUUUUGUUUUUUUUUUUACCCAAUGCCUUCCUUACUACUUCUCUUCCUGUAUUUUCUCUUUAAAAAAUUUAUAAGCUUAUUAAUUACAAUGAACUUCACACUGAACUUCUAUGAUAGAAUGGUGUGGAGGCAGGCAUUGUUUGCUAAGCCCAUAUUUAUCUGCAUUCUUGCUUCUCAUAGUACACAGUUCAUAUAGCAUAAGGAGUUGCCUCCUGGUCCAAGCCCUUAUUUCUAUUUUAUUUAUAAAGAAACACGAGGACAGAAAGAUUGAAUGCAAACCAUCAGUACAAUCAGUCUCCAGAUCCUUUGUCUAGAUUUCAGGACAGAGAGAACCUAUUUAUCACAAUGUUAUUCCUCAGCAAGAAUGCAAGCCAUAUUAAGUAUAGAAUGGUCAACUGUAAUUAAACUCCUUUAGAACAAUUUCUUAUAUUUCGAAGCUUAUUCUGUAUUUUUAACAUGUAUCUCAAAAUGAAUGAUUUCUGAAAUUAAAAGAACAAUUCAGUAGUGUGCUAUCUGCCUUCCUAUGUAAGAAUGUAGUGUCAUUGAUAGUGAUUAUUUGCAAAUACAUUAUACUCAUGCAUGUACUGUUCUUGUUUUAGUCAUAAAAUAUAGUGAAGUUUAUCAUAUAAUUUCAAUUAAAUGUUAAUGCUUGAACAUAUAAAAUUCAAUUUGGUUGGUAAUACUUGGAAAUAUAUAUAGUAAGCCCUAAGUUAUAAGCAUAAGUUUCUUUGAAAUGUGAUGAAAAAUACAAAGGAAAGGGAGUUCUCUGAUGUCCUAGAGGGUUGAGGCUCCCGCAUUUCUCACCACUGUGGCUCUGGUGGCUGCUGUGUGGUGUAGGUUCAAUCCCUGUCCCAGGAAUUCCCAAAUACUGCCUGUGUGGCAAAAAAUAAAAUAAAAAAAACAAAAACAGAAACAAGAGAUAACCUGAAAUAAACAUUGC